AAUGGAUGGAAUUGGAAGCUUAUUCUUCACUUGGAAAUCCAUUAGUUGGCAAAAGCUGAGCCUCAUGAGCCCAACUGCAAAAAACUAAAAACGGUCAAAAUUUUCUAUAUUCUGCUACAAAUCGUCUGCCCCUCUUCCACCCAACCUCCAAAAAUAUCUCAACUCCACCGCUUCUUCUGCAAUCUCUCUCUCUCCCUCUCUCUAGAUGAUGAGAUUCAGUUUUCAUGUAUCAAGAAAUCAAGAAUACACACAUAAAUCAGACAUGGCUUACUGUUGUUCACUUUUCUGAGUUCUUUCUAUACUCAUUUCUUGGAUUACAAUGCCAACAUGUUCUAUGUAUCAAGAAGGAAGAGACAAUAACCAGAUAGCAAGAACCCACCAUCAAAAUUAGAAGGAAGGAAACAAAAGAGCAAGAGGAGUGAAGAAAUCUCCUCUUGGAUCGAAUGGAAGGAUUGGAAGGGAUAAUACAUAGGUUAUUGGAAGGAAGGAAUAAUAGAGGGAAACGUAUUCAGCUUACGGAGGCUGAAAUAAAAAACCUUUGUCUCGCUGCCAAACAAGUCUUCCUCGCUCAGCCUGUUCUUCUUGAACUUGAAGCUCCCAUCAACAUUUGUGGAGACAUUCACGGCCAAUAUCCGGAUCUCUUGCGGCUGUUUGAAUCUGGUGGGUUUCCGCCAGAUUCUAACUACCUCUUUCUUGGAGAUUAUGUAGAUAGAGGUAAACAAAGUAUAGAGACUAUAUGUCUCCUCCUAGCUUACAAGCUGAAGUUCCCAGACAACAUCUUCCUCCUCAGAGGGAAUCAUGAAUGUGCAUCUAUCAACAGAAUAUAUGGAUUUUAUGAUGAGUGCAAGCGCCGUUUCAACGUCCGUCUGUGGAAAACUUUUACUGAAUGCUUCAAUUGUUUACCAGUAGCUGCAGUGGUGGAUGAGAAAAUUUUAUGCAUGCAUGGUGGACUUUCACCAGAAAUGGAGAGCUUGGAUCAGAUCAGAUCUAUAGAAAGGCCAGUGGACGUGCCUGAUCAGGGCCUUCUAUGUGAUCUCCUAUGGGCUGAUCCUGAUAAAGAAAUCAAAGGGUGGGGUGAAAAUGAUAGGGGUGUCUCUUAUACCUUUGGAGCUGAUAAAGUGGCUGAAUUCUUGAAGAAACAUGAUCUUGAUCUCAUAUGCCGAGCCCACCAGGUAGUUGAAGAUGGGUAUGAAUUCUUUGCAGAUAGGCAGUUGGUUACUAUAUUCUCAGCACCAAACUACUGUGGAGAAUUUAACAAUGCAGGUGCACUUAUGUGCGUCAAUGAAAGUUUGCUCUGCUCAUUUCAGAUUCUGAAGCCCUGCAAAGGAAAAGCAGAACAACAGGAAUAGUUGUCUUGUGGAGCAACAGGGAAGCACCUCUCGUCCACCAUAGUCAAAUUAGCUAGUGUUCUCUCUUUUGACGUGUACAAUAUUCAUCUUCCAAUUCAAAACAAGCCUCUAUUCAUAGGUUGAUUCAUGUAAUUGAAAUAAUUUUAGAAAAAGAAAAAGAAAAAGCUGUGUAUAUAAUACCUUAAAGGUGCAACUGUUGGUUUGUACCUUCGAAACAAAUAAGUGGGUGCAUAUUCCCUCUGUUCCUCCAAGUUCAUUGCCUGCUUAAGACAUUCUUUGUGCAAAAGCUUCCAAAUAAGUCAUUGCAUUAUUUUUUUUUUC